CCGGCGCUCCCCUGCCUGAGGGGCGCGCUGCAGACGUUCGCCGGUGUUCCCCCUGCCACUGAUUCUCCCGAGACCGGGGUGGGGCUCAAGCCAGCCUGGGAAAGAGUAGCUCACCAUCACCCCUAGCGGCGGUAAGCCAGGCGACGCAGUUUACAAGUGGCACCUGACCAGGGACCUGACCCUAUCCCUGCUGGAUGGGAUUAGGGCCACGAGGCGUUUGACGCCCCUAGGUGGAAGAUGGAGAUCGAGAGGCUUAUGAAGUUCCUGGCCAAGAGUCAGCAGCAGCAGCAGCAGCAACUCAUGCAGCAGCUGGGAACCCUCCAACAGCAGUUACUUCAAACCUUGGGGGUCCAACACCGUGAGCAACAAACCCAAUGCUUCCAGCAACUGGCCACCCUGUGGCCGAGCCCCGGUGGGGGCCCACCAGGGGGGGCAGCUUCGCCUCCCCCCCCGCUCCACCAAUCCGUCUGGCCAAGAUGGGGCCUGAAGAUGACCCAGAGGCUUAUCUUGUGACCUUUGAGCGAGUGGCGGCAGUAGCCGGUUUGGCACCGGACCAGUGGGCGACCCUCCUCGCCCCCUAUUUGACGGGGCCCGCUCAGAAGGCUUACCGGGGGCUCCCAGACAACGAGGCCCGGGUUUACGCUCGAGUGAAGGCAGCUAUCUUGGAUGCUUUCGAUAUCACCCCGGAGACCUUUCGACGACGGUUUCGGGGAAAGCUUUACCCUCCGGGCACCCGGCCCCAGGCCGUGGCCCAGGAAUUAAAGGAUGCAGCUGGCCGAUGGCUACAGCCCGAGCGUAGAACUGCGGCUGACGUGACGGAACAGAUCGUCCUCGAGCAAUUCGUGUACAUCCUCCCGACUCCAGGAAGGGCGUGGGUGUUACGGCACCGACCUCAAACUCUGAGCGCGGCCGUCACGCUUAUGGAGGACUUUCUAGAGGCCGAGGCCCCUAUAGGACCGGCCGCCCGGCCCCCAAAUUCGGGACUGGGCACUCAGAAACGGGAAAGGGGGUCCAGCUCCAAGGCUGAGACACCACCCCCUGCUCGACGGCCAGAGGGCGGCGGGACCUCUUUUUCCCGACGGCCCGAGGCUCCGCCGCCUAUGGGCUCUGGACGCUGGAGCCGACCCCCAGGACCUGUCCAACCCCGCGGCCUCCCUGGUGCCGCCACGCGGUCGGGGCGCCCAGAGGUAGGACCUUGCUUUCGGUGUGGCGAGUACGGCCAUCUGCAAAGAGACUGUACGGCAAUGGAGUGUGACUUUGGCCGGGUGUACACUGGGGAGCGCCGAGCCCGCCCGCCUUCCGCGGCCAAGUUGACAGCUCCCAUGGACGUCGCCGGGACCCACGUGGUGGGUCUAAUCGAUUCGGGCUGUGGACCGACUCUUGUUCGCCAGGCGCUCCUUCCAGAUGCCGAGCGGAUCAUUGGGGAGGUUCGGAUCCAGUGUAUACACGGGGACGUGAGACCGUACCCCACGGUUCAGGUCCCUAUCACAGUGAACGGAGCAACCCAGUUAAUGAGCGUGGCAGUGGCCCCAUCUCUGGCCUACCCGGUUAUUCUGGGCCGGGACUGGCCAGAUUUCGUCGAUGUGCUCCGAUCCUUAUCCCCGGAAGAAGCAUUUGAGGGAGCUUCCUCAGAACCCGACACAGACCCCAGUGCGCGGGCCGACCCCAGCGCUGCCCCGUUUCUCAUGCCCGGGCAGGACGGCUGGGGGACGGGGGGCCCCCCUGAGGACAUUGUGGACUUUAGCCGAGACCAAAGGGAGGACCCUACACUCCGGUUUGCCUACGAACAGCUGGCACGGGUGGAGGGGGACGUCGUGGAGGCCCAACGGGCUAUCCAAUGGCCUAGGUUUGAACUCAGCCACGAUCGGCUCUACCGCGUGGAGCGAGACCCUCAAACCCAAGAGGUCCGGACCCAACUUGUGGUUCCCCGCAUUCAUCGGCGGGCUGUCCUGAAGCUGGCCCAUGACAUCCUGGCCGCAGGCCAUUUAGGCCCGGAGAAGACCGCAGCUAGGGUCCUGGCCAAGUUCUUCUGGCCCGGUAUUUACCGCGAGGUAAAGGAUUAUUGUAUGUCAUGCCCGGACUGUCAACACGCUGCGCCAGCGGGGGUCCGGAAGGCCCCUCUGGUCCCCUUACCAAUCGCGGGCGUUCCAUUUGAGCGGGUAGCGAUGGACCUGGUCGGGCCCUUCCCAAAAAGUCAGGCGGGCCAUCAAUAUAUUCUUGUCAUGAUGGACUACGCCACCCGCUUCCCCGAGGCCGUCCCCUUAAGAAGUAUCACUGCCCGCACUAUUGCGGCGGAGCUCGUGAAGAUCUUUGCCAGGGUGGGCCUCCCUCGGGAGAUACUCACUGACCAAGGAACCAACUUUACCUCUAAGCUGUUCCAUGAGGUGUGUGCUCUGCUAGGGAUUAAGAAACUGCAGACCUCGGUCUACCAUCCCCAGACUGAUGGGUUGGUCGAACGUUUUAACCGGACCCUGAAGGGAAUGUUACGACGCUUCCCCACCCAGGACCUCCACCAGUGGGACCAACUACUCCCCCCUUUACUACUGGCAAUUCGGGAAGUUCCGCAGGCUUCCACGAAGUUCUCUCCAUUUGAGGUCCUCUAUGGGCGACGACCCCGCGGCGUGAUGGACCUCCUAAGAGAAACUUGGGAACGCACACCGUCCGCAACACAGGGCCUCCUGCAGUAUGUCUUACAACUACAGGGGCGGCUCGCCCGGGCGGGUGAGCUUGCUCGGGAGAACUUAAACACAGCCCAGAGAGCCCAGGAGCAGCAAUAUAAUCGGGGCGCCCAGGCCCGAACAUUUGUACCAGGGGAUCGCGUCCUCCUCCUACUCCCCUCGGAGGAAUCAAAACUUUUUGCCCGCUGGCAGGGCCCGUACGAAGUCCUUCACCGGGUGGGGCCAGUCACUUACGAAAUCCGGCAACCUGGCCGCCAGAAGGAAAAACAGAUUUAUCAUGUAAACCUGUUGAAACCCUGGAGGGAACGGGAAGGACUACUAAUUGCCCCGUACCCCCCCGAACCGGACCUGGGGCCACAACCCCCCGAGGAGUCUGAAAGUGGUGGACCCCAGCUAGCAGAGACGCUCACCACUGAGCAGCAAGAACAGGCUGCCUGUUUAGUGAAAGCGUUCCCCAAGACCUUCACCACGAAACCCGGGAGGACUACACUCACCUACCAUGCGAUCCAGACCGACCCAGGCCAUUGCCUAGGCGAAUGCGGGAGGUCGUGGAGGAGGAAGUCCAGGCAAUGUUGGAGCUGGGUGUUAUUGAGCGCUCCCAGAGCGAAUGGCGGAGCCCUGUCGUCCUUGUCCCCAAGCCAGAUGGGAGCCGGCGGUUUUGCAUUGACUUCCGGAGGGUCAACGCCGUUUCAAAGUUUGAUGCCUAUCCAAUGCCCCGCGUGCACGAGCUCCUUGACCGACUUGGGGAAGCCCGUUAUAUCACCACGUUGGAUGUCACUAAGGGGUACUGGCAGAUCCCCUUGGAACCCCGAUCCAAGGAGAAGACCGCGUUUGCCACCCCUUCCAGGCUCUACCAUUUCACCCGGAUGCCGUUUGGCCUCCAUGGAGCCCCGGCAACCUUCCAGCGUUUGAUGGAUCGGGUUCUGCAACCUACACUAAGUACGCCGCAGCCUACCUGGAUGAUGUGGUCAUCUAUGGCAGCAACUGGGAGGAACAUCUCAACCAGGUAGCGGCUGUCCUCCGGGACCUCCGCGCCGCCGGCCUCACAGCCAAUCCAAAAAAAUGCCAAAUCGGACGGGAGGAAACCACUUACCUGGGGUACACCUUGGGUCGAGGACUGGUACGGCCCCUCGUCGGGAAGGUCCAAGCACUCCAGGAAUGUCAGGCGCCGACCAAGAAGAGACAGGUGCGGCAGUUCUUGGGCUUAGCUGGUUACUACCGGCGGUUCGUACCCCACUUUGCAACCAUUACGGCCCCUCUGACGGACCUCCUGACUAAAAAUAGCCACCGCCGAGUGUGCUGGUCUGACGACUGCGAGGAGGCCUUUCAAACUGUCAAAGCCCGCCUGUGUAGCGAGCCAGUACUCUUCAGCCCGGACUUUCAUCGUGACUUCAUCGUUCAGACCGAUGCCUCCGGCGUGGGGCUUGGGUCGGUCCUCUCACAGGAAGUGGACGGGGAGGAACACCCUAUUGUUUAUCUUAGCUGGAAGCUGUUCCCCAGGGAGCGGAACUACUCCGUCCUUGAGAAAGAGGCCCUGGCGGUUAAGUGGGCGGUGGACGCCCUCCGCUACUACCUCCUUGGGGCCCCCCUUACACUGAUUACGGAUCAUGCACCCCUGAAAUGGCUCAAUAAGAUGAAGGACGCUAAUCCCCGGCUUCAGCGAUGGUACCUCACUCUACAGCCCUACGCCUUUACGAUUCGCCACCAGGCGGGACGGGACAACGCCAAUGCGGACUUUCUAUCCCGCCUGGGGGAGGCUGAGGAUGCCAGCUCCGGGGUUCGGGAGCUGGAUUUGAGGGGUGGGGUAUGUAGGGAGCCAGGGUGGCUUCCCUCCGAGCCUGAGGGUAAAAAGCCACUCUCUCAACCUGAGUGUGCAGGGCCAGGCCAAGCUUGCUCCACCCCCCGGAAGGGGAGGGGUGGGACAGGAAGUACAAAGGGCGGGGCCCUUAGCUCAGUCAGGGCAGCACCAGGGAGGGAGGCAGAUGCAGACUGCACGCUGCUCCCUUCGGACCCUGCUGCCACCCCAGGGGAGGCCCUGGACCAGGGGAAACCUGAGCUGAAGGAAGGACUGGGCCUACCAGGACUGCCUGCCGCCGAGUACCCCGAGGAACUGGAAGAGCCUGCGCCGGGGAGAGAGCUUGAGCUGCCAGCAGCGGUCUACCCAGAUGAACUGGAGGGACCAGAGGAACGUGUGAUCGGGUAGGAAGUAGCCCAGGGACUGAACGACAUGGCGGUGAGUCUAUGUUGCGGAAGGCACCCCGCUAACCCAGUGGCGGGACCCUCGUCUCGCCCCCGCCAGGGCCCUGGGCUGGAACGCAGUGGUGUAGGGUGGCCCUGCGUUCCCCUACCUGGCCAGUCAGCUGCAGGAACCAGGUCCCGACAGCGCUGCAGACUCUUGCCGGCGCUCCCCUGCCUGAGGGGCGCGCUAUAGACUCUUGCCGGCGCUCCCCUGCCUGAGGGGCACACUGCAGAUGUUCGCCGGUGUUCCCCCUGCCACUGAUUCUCCUGAGACCGGGGUGGGGCUCAAGCCGGCCAGGGAAAGAGUAGCUCACCAUUGCCCCUAGCGGCAGUAAGUCAGGCGACGCAGUUUACAGAUACUUUAUUAUUAUCGGGAACUCACUACUAAUAUUUUGUUGUUUCCAUUUUAUUUAGGAUGAAGACGCCAUCGAGGGCCAGACCCCAUCUCCGCAGUAAAUUUGCUGCAUCCCUCUGGCCCCUCACUGCCUUCUUUAUGCCCAGUGAAGGCUCCUUAUAUGCCACAAAGGCAUAUCAAGCCUCAUUCAGCAGGAUGAGUGCUCCCUCCUGGGCCUCUUUAAGAAAUGACCUUCCUUUUCCUGCCCCCAGUCUGUCAGAGGCACAGAUCUAUGGCCAGUACAGAGCUUUGCUGGAAGAGAGUGGACCCUCUGCCAGAGACAACUCUGCACAGCCAAAGAGCAGCCAUAUUACUUCCUCUCCUUUCAGAGGGUCAGGAGAAUCAAGGGAGCUGCGUGAGCGCCUGCAGGUCUUCUAGGCGAAGAAUUAUACCAAGUGAAUGUGUCAACAUUUGAGAAGGAACCCCUCUCCCAAAACACUUGAUGUUUAGCAGACUAAGGGCUCCUCAUGGAAAUCCAUGGGUCCAGCCCGCCUUUAAAUUUCCAGCAGGUCAUCUUCAUGGAAUGCUCUCCAAGCAAGGAAACAAGCGCAAGGAAAGCAGGGGCGUUAGGCGACGAGAGCUGAGGAAGCGUUGUUCUAAGUCACGGCAAACAUGGGGGCUGAACUUUGUGGCUUUUUCCUCACCCAUAACUAGUUCACAUAUUGGGACAACAUAUCCCUUCCAAUCAGCGGCACUGCUCUGGGGAUCUACAACCUCUCCUGAAGGACGAUCCAUCACUCUCACAGAUCUUGGGAGACAGGACAGUCCUUGCUUACAGGCAGCCCCUCAACCUGAAG